AUGAGUGGUGUGGAGCUUGGUUUUGCUGUCCUUGACACUCUUGAUAUCUGCUUCAGAUACCGAAAUGUCGUUGUGGGAAAGCAGAAAGGUGUUUAUGGCGCGGAGAAUGAGAUCGGAGAACGAAAACUUGCUAUUGAAGCUACAUGGGCAAAGAUCUCGCAACAGCUUACCAUCAAUUCGAUUCCAAGGGGGGAGGGUACACCCAAAAUGGAAAUUGAGUGA